UUUGAUCGGCUUGUUGCGGAAGUCCGCCGUCAGAUUGAACCACUCAUGGCUGCAACAAUAUCAUGUAAAAAGCUGGGUUUUGCAGCGGCUCUGUGGUAGCACAUGGCAGCAGAAGAGGCCGGAGUUGUGUGCCGGGCAGCGGCCUGUCUGUGUGUCCUCUGCGGGCUUCCUGCUGCCGGGAAGUCCACGCUGGCCCGAAACAUCCUCAGCAGCGCUGCACAGCACGGAUGGCGAGCCUGUGUGGUGCCGUAUGACGACCUGAUCCCCGUGCAUGCUUUUCAGACCAAAGGGGUGGUGGGUGGUGUCAAACUACAAGAAACGCACACUGAAUGGAAGUUACACAGACAAGCACUUUUGAGGUGCAUGGAGCAGUUCUUGGAGAAACCUCAAGUUUUGGCCGAGCUGCCGAGCAAUUGUCAGAUCAACAGAGCUGCUUGGGAAAAGUGCAUUCAAGCUCUACUGCAGCCUGAAGCUGUGGACUGCUCACAGGCUGACCAGGCACCACUCCUCUUUCUGCUGGAUGACAACUUCUACUAUCCGAGCAUGAGAUAUGAAGUGUACCAACUGGCAAGAAAGUAUUCGCUGGGUUUCUGUCAGAUGUAUUUGCAAUGUGAUUUGGAGUCGUGCAUCAGCAGAAACCAGAGCAGGUCUGCACCCAUUCCCACUGAGGUGAUACUGGACAUGGUGACGCGUUUGGAGCCUCCAAAUCCACAAAAGAACUCAUGGGAGGCAAACAGCAUUUCUCUCAAUACCACAGACGAUUUAUCCAAAUGUGACAUCCAGAGGGUGAUGGAGUUGAUCUCCUCUGCACUAAACAACCCGCUGAGUCCAGCUGAGGACAACACGGAGCAAAAGGAGGCGGACCGCCUGAGAUGUGCCACCAGUGUCGUUCACCAGACUGACCAGGCCUGUAGACGCCACAUAUCUGAAGCCAUGAAGACUGCCAGAGAGAAUCAGUUAACCCCUGAGCUCAUGAGGACUUUGGCUGCUCAGCUGAACGAAUCCAAAGCAACAUUUCUUCAAAACCUGCGGAAACAGUUGCUCCAGGAAGCAUCUUUAACCCAAGAAGAGGACAUUGACGUAGAACGUUUGGUGAAAAGAGCAGCGGAUGUUUUCGAUCGUGAGAAAAAGGAAAUCCUGUUGAGAAUCAAAAAUGACAAUAGGUGAAUUUAAUAUUAUUUUCUUGAAUUUUCACAGAGGCAAAUUUAAUCGCAUCAAAAGUCAUACGAGAAUGCGUGACUCAGAUUUGAUUAAAUGUAAAUAUAAUGUACUUCUGCUGGAAAUAUGUAUGUAGCCUUUUAUUUGAUCUUGUAAUGAAUGUAAUCAAAUAGACAAACUCUCGUGGUCAUCUACACAGUCUCUGAAAAUAUGGUGUCAGUGUACAAAUGGUAUGUUUAAGAGAAGAGUCCAGUGAUCUCACAUGUUCACUUUCUCUGCAUGAUUAAAUAAUUACAUGUGAGCAAGUAAGUCUUUACUUUAGACCAAAAUUUACAAAAGUUAUUAAUGAAAAUAAAAAUGAUCACUACGUCACAUUACAUCUUAGAGAUCUUUAAAGUGUCCCAACAUCUGCUACUGUACACAUAAAAAGUGACUACUGUAAAAUUUGAUUUUGUACAAAAAGAAACUACUCAUGACAUCUUAAAAAAUAUAAAAUUGUUUCAUGGGUAUAAAUAAGUAAGAAAAAAGGAGAAAAAAACAACAUUGAAAUCUUAUCUGUAAUAUUAAAGGUUGAUUUGACUGACAACUUCUGCAGUCUACAGCGUGAGGUAUAAAAAAAUGUCACAACAUCAAUCAGUAUUAUAAUGAGUUUGUUUGGGCACAAACUUAGGAUUUCAACAGAAAAUAAUCCAAUUAUUGAGUCAGUCUCUGAAGUCUACUUCAAUUUCUCACAGCAAAAUGUGUCCACUUAUUGUACUGUAGAUGGAAGCUUUGGUGUAUAAUUAGACAAACAGACAUUACACAGUACAGAUGGUGGACAAAAUUACAGUGUAACAGCCAGGAUGCUACGAUGCUUUGAUCGUUGCCACGGUAACCAAUAUCCAAGCAGUAUUCCAAUGCUCCAUUUUUCUAUUCCAUUACUCCAAAAAUCCAAAAUAGCUAAGUUAAGUUAAGAAACAGUGAUCCAACACAAGUCAUUAUGCAUCAACAUUAAUUAUUUUUAGGAUAUUUAAACUAAUCGGGCUCACAGAUGUUCACAAGAUUACAAAAAGUCAACCUUGUGGUAAAGUUGCAAAAUUUACAAAGCUGACCCCCAAAAAGUCGAGUGCUAGAUAUGCCAAAGGGAACCGGCAUAUCACGAAUCUACAACAAGCUCAGGAAAUCACCUAAAACUCAUCAUUUUUCUAGCUAUUAUGGCUAAUGUUGCUUCACAUGCAAUAUAUGAGCAUCUGUCACAUUAUUUUAGGAGCAAUGACUGAAACCUGAAGUUUCGAGAAAUGUCCUCGUCUCUCACUCCCCCCUUCCGAUAAUGGCAAAUAAUUCUCAGAGAUACCUCGCUGCUGAGGCUCAGGUUUGGUGUAAAUACUGUUGGUACUUUAUUAUAAAUAUU